AUGGGCCUCAAUGGACGACUGGUCAUCACACCUCUCACUGACCGCAUCUACCUGACUUUAACACAGGCCCUGUCCAUGAAUCUUGGCGGGGCCCCUGCUGGCCCGGCGGGCACAGGAAAGACAGAGACAACAAAGGACCUGGCAAAAGCUUUGGGUCUUCUCUGUGUGGUUACCAACUGCGGGGAGGGAAUGGAUUACAAAGUAAGAAUAUGGAUUAUUUUACCUUGUUGUGGUGGGGGGUGUGGAUUAUUGUACCUAGUUGUGUCUGGUGGGGAUGGAAUGGAUUAGGAAGUAAGAAUAUCAAUCAUGCCACCUCUUUUAAGCAGGAUUAGACCCUGAAUUGUAGUGUGUAACUGUAAUUGCACAACAGAGAAAUAUCACAUUUAUAUACAUUUUUGGUAGUUAGUUUGACAUUCAAGUAUUUUACAAAUCGUUUGUGUUGAAAUUAUUUCUGAUUCAACUAUUUCAACUGAUGUAAAACUUAUUAUUUUAAUCCAGUUUUUAAAGGUCUGGAAGAUAACCUAAAUGCAUUUGGUAAUGCUGCAAAAAGUGUCAAAUGUUUUGCUUUUUUUAUUUUAAAAAUUCCAUUUGAGUGGUUAUUUCUUCAUGUCUUUGCAGCAGCUCUGCUUUGUCUCAUGCUGCAUAUCUUAAUGACCAUUCAUUGUUUAAUGCGAGGCGUCACCAGCUGACUGACUGUCAAUUACUUUCUGUGUCAUUGGUAUGAGAUGUUGUGCUUUAUGAACUCUGUACACCUCUCACAUUGAACUUGAAGCAACAGAUUCGAAAGCUGUCACAGGGAUAUUAUAACCAAAACAGUUUUAAUUGUACUCUCUCCAGGCCUUUGGGAAAAUCUUGUCGGGCCUGUGCCAGUGCGGCGCCUGGGGGUGUAUGGAUGAAUUCAACCGCAUUGACAUCUCAGUGCUGUCAGUUAUAUC